AACCUGCUGAGGAAAAUUCACCAGGACCGCAAGGAUAAACCUGACAAGAACUCCUCCGAGCCAUGUCGUACAGUAAAGAUCCAGGUGGGAGAACUGAUGAGCAGCACCAUGGAGGUCAAGGUCAACAUAAACUCUAGAGCAUCAGACCUACUGGCUCAGUUCCACAGGCACCUCCACAGCUCUGACAACACCAAGGGCCUGCUCAAGAGGAACAGUUUGGUGAAUGAUUUGGGAUCAUACCUGGACUGUGCCAUGUAUGAAGUGGGAGGAAAUAUUGGUGAGCACUGCUUGGACCCAGAGACCCAUCUCCUGGACCUGUACAACAACAACCCCAGUGGAGAGUGGGUCAUCAAACACAAACCGCUGACCACCAGUAAGGGACUGCAGAUAUAAGACAGUCGCAGGAGGAGGGAGAGACCAGCAGGGGGCUCCAAGAGCCAGCCAGAGGAGGAGGGAGAGACCAGCAGGGGGCUCCAAGAGCCAGCCAGAGGAGGAGGGAGACCAGGUGGAGUAGAGGAGAAGAGGAUGCUGCCACCACAAACCACCUCAAGGCUGAGCCCUCUCUCUGCCCAUUGCGGAGGAGACCAGACUAGGAGAAGUAAAGCAGCUACUGUGGAAAAACACCCCACCUCCAGACUUCAGGUGGAGGAGUGGCUGAGCUUGUGUCUCAGUCUGCUUCCUGGCUUGUCAGCUAAGCUCUCAGGCUCUCAGCCAAUCACUUCCCAGCAUCCGCAGAAGCCCAGAUGGGAAUCUGAUGCAGCUGCCUCCGAGUCUCUCUUUCUUUCUCUCCCACUCUCUCUCCAUUCCUUCUACUCAUGCCAUUUGAUCACAAAGUAAUAAGAGAGGCACAUGCACAGUAUAUCUCUUUUCCUUGUUUGUCUAUUUCUUUAAUGUCACACAGAGGGAAAGUCAGGUACUCUGAUGAACUGAUGUAAGGGACAGGGACUCUUAGGUCCCUGUCCCUGAUGGCUCUUGGCCUCUGAUGGCUCUAUAAGAGGCCCUAAACACAGGGGACAGAGGGCAUAGUUCUCUCUAAGUGAUCAAAGGUCAAUCUCUAAGACAUGAUUACAGUACCCCUAAAGGGAACUGUUGUUUAAGACAGUGAAGCUGGACUUCAACCUUUCUGUUUGUUUUUUUUUUGUUUUUGAAGGAUUUUAUGAAGUAUUGAAUAUCACGAUGGAUUGACUAUUUAUAAUUGAUUGGAUGUAUCUGUAUGUAUAUGUAUGUAGUCAUUAAUGUUCUCCUUGGAAAUGGUUGAAAAGGUGUUUCUGAUCGUAACAUAACAGUCAUGUAAGCUCACCCACUCUUUUCGGGGACUCUUUUCAGACAGUCUUCUUAUUCUUGUAAAUGUUUUGAUCAGUUGUACUUUGCUGCGGUUCUGCAUAUUUAUUCUCUCAUCCUAUUACCCAUGUGUCAUCACUUCUUCAGAGUACACUUUUAUAUGAAAUCUAUGAAUAGUGUUUACACGUUUUGAGGAAGCUUGGACAUUGCACCAUCACAUCAAUAUAAAGUAUACACAUGUUCUAUAUGACAGCCUAUCAUGAAUUUACACAUCUACAACAUAUCAUGAAUUUACACAUCUACAACCUACCAUGAAUUUAUACAUCUACAACCUAUCAUGAAUUUACACAUCUACAACCUACUAUGAAUUUACACAUCUACAACCUACCAUGAAUUUACACAUCUACAAUCUACCAUGAAUUUACACAUCUACAACCUACCAUGAAUGUAUGUUUAGCUACCAGUCUCCUCAGAAAUGACAACAAGAAUGUAACAAACUGCAUAGAUCUCAUCUCAGUCACAGCAGUCACUGGUUCAGUCAUUGGUUCAGUCAUUGCUCAGUACAGAGUCAGAGCCACAGCCUUCUGUUCUAUUGUGCUGCCAUUUUAGGAGAGAGAACCAAGCAGCAGUGUAAUGACAGCCAGCAUCCAUCACACGGUGUAAUUCCCUGUCUGUCACACGACCUACUGAUGCAUCGUCACGGUGUAUUGGUUCAUGCAGUGGUUCAUGCAGUGGUUCAUGUAUUGGUUCAUGCAGUGGUUCAUGUAUUGGUUCAUGUAUUGGUUCAUGCAGUGGUUCAUGCAGUGGUUCAUGCAGUGGUUCAUGCAGUGGUUCAUGCAGUGGUUCAUGCAGUGGUUCAUGUAUUGGUUCAUGCAGUGGUUCAUGUAUUGGUUCAUGCAGUGGUUCAUGUAUUGGUUCAUGCAGUGGUUCAUGCAUUGGUUCAUGCAGUGGUUCAUGCAGUGGUUCAUGCAGUGGUUCAUGCAUUGGUUCAUGCAGUGGUUCAUGCAUUGGUUCAUGCAGUGGUUCAUGCAGUGGUUCAUGCAUUGGUUCAUGCAGUGGUUCAUGCAUUGGUUCAUGCAGUGGUUCAUGCAUUGGUUCAUGCAGUGGUUCAUGCAGUGGUUCAUGCAGUGGUUCAUGCAGUGGUUCAUGCAUUGGUUCAUGCAUUGGUUCAUGCAUUCCAUGAACAUUACCACAGAGGAGUCAGUUCUUCUGGUUGAUAGAGAGGGUAAUAUCUGGGUGUUAUUACGGAUGUUAUUAUCUCUGUGUGUGUGUGUGUGUGUGUGUGUGUGUGUGUGUGUGUGUGUGUGUGUGUGUGUGUGUGUGUGUGUGCGUGCGUGCGUGCGCACGUGCAUGUGUGUGCGUGUGUGCGUGUGUGUGUGUGUGCUUGCUUCAUUACACAAGCCCAAUUGGGUUGAGUCCUGAGUCCAUGGCACAGUUCAGUACCCCGGUACAAAGCACUGAUGGAACACACACACACACACACGGCCUUCUGCUGACGUUAAUCAGUGGAACUAGGUCACCUCUAAAGCUCUGUUCUCCCUCAGGGGAAGUAGUGACACUAUACACCCCAGUCCACAGUACAUGAGGAGAUAUUGAUGCAAACACACACGCAAACAGCUGACCAAUAACAUGGGCCACAUGUACAGCAUGUGGAGAACUGACAUAUUGGAAUGUUCAAUGUUCCGUGUUUUCUACACUAGGACGUGACGUCAAAAACACAUGUAUGAGGAGUAAUGGAAAAUAGAGAAAUGUAUUUUACUGUAAUAACCUGAGUAGACUGAAUGUCUUCAAUGAAUGGACUUUGCUUUGUAAUAAUGUACUCACAAUCAAAUGCUACCGUAGUGCUCUGAAAGACAUUUACCCUACUGUAGGUUACAAUGCUAGUUCAGUAUAUAUGGUUUAGAACCAAAACCCUGUAUGGAAUUACUGCACGCAGUAGGUGUAUUUGUACUGUUUACAAAAGCAAUUAUUUUCUACUCUUGUCAAGUGAAAGUAAUUUAGGUAGGCCUGGUGCAAAUAUCUUUUGUAUAAAACAUUUUUUUUUAAAGAUUUCUCAAUAAAUGUGAAAAUAAUAUUGUGAACUGUUUGUUAUUUCACAUAUAUUGAAUUUACAGAAAUACUAUGGAAAGACUAUGGAAUUUCUACAUCAAAUCAAAUGUUAUUGGUCACAUACACAUGGUUAGCAGAUGUUAAUGUGAGUGUAUCGAAAUGCUUGUGCUUC